AUGGCGGUCACCGAGCAAAUCCUCGAGCAGGAAUAUGAAGACUCCGGUGUAUUGGUGCAUGCUGACGCGGUGCCUUUUUCCAACAGCUACGAAGCUCUUCCUUCCAACUAUGGCUUAGGCCGGAACAUGCUUGCCGGUGCUUUUGCCGGGAUAGCAGAACACUCGGUGAUGUACCCAGUCGAUUUGCUGAAGACUCGCAUGCAAAUCAUCAACCCCUCAAGUGGCGGCCUGUACACCGGUCUCACUAAUGCGGUCUCCACAAUCUAUCGCAUCGAGGGCUGGCGGACACUAUGGAAGGGUGUGUCGAGUGUAAUUGUUGGCGCUGGCCCGGCACAUGCGGUGUAUUUUGGAACCUACGAGAUUGUGAAGGAAAUGGCUGGUGGUAAUGUCGAUGAUGGGCACCACCCUUUGGCAGCUGCUAUGAGUGGUGCCUCGGCCACGAUCGCGAGUGAUGCGCUGAUGAACCCAUUCGAUGAAGUCAUCAAGCAGCGUAUGCAGGUUCACGGCUCUGUCCACAAGAGCUUGAUGCAAUGCGCCAAAACCGUCUACCGCACCGAGGGUCUCCAGGCCUUCUACGUCUCCUACCCUACCACCCUCUGCAUGACCGUCCCCUUCACUGCUACCCAGUUCGUUGCCUGUGAGUCCAUCUCCAAGGUGAUGAACCCCUCUCAGCAAUAUGACCCCUUGACCCACUGUAUGGCCGGUGGUCUUGCUGGUGCCUUCGCGGCUGGUCUCACCACACCUCUCGAUGUUGUGAAGACCCUUCUCCAGACCCGUGGUCUCGCCCAGAGCGAGGAGAUUCGCUCUGCGCGUGGUCUGUUUAACGCCGCCGCCAUUAUCAAGCGUCGAUUUGGCUGGUCUGGCUUCCUCCGAGGCAUGGGUCCUCGCAUCAUCUCGACCAUGCCGUCCACAGCCAUCUGCUGGACAUCUUAUGAGAUGGCCAAGGCUUACUUCAAGCAACAAAGCGAAAAAUAA